ACAACGCUGUCAAGUUUCCAUUCGAUGCUCUUUGUUUUGGUGUUGUCUCUCUCACAGCGUAUGUAAGCGUAUUUCUCAACUUGCGUUGACAAUAAAACAUCAAUUGGUUCUACAUGAACAAUUUUGUUGACAUAAAAUUCAAUUUUAUUAUUUAAUGUGAACAAAAUGUGUGAAUAUUUAAAAAUGACACAAAGUGAUUGCCCGAGAAUUUGAUCAAAAAACAUUUUAAGAGUAAAGAAAUUCGGUGUGUUUAUUUGUUAGCAUUUCCGGACGUCAUGGACCCAAAUAUGAAUAUGCAUCGGAACGGGCUGGAAAGGAUGGAUUUGAGCCAAUUUCAGGGAGACGCGAAUAAAUUGAAUUCAAGCGUUUUAAGAGGAAUUGAAGGCAACACAUUACACUUUAUAACCAUUCCGAGGAAUACAGAAAAUGAAUAUAUUGACCAUGCAUUAUUGUCACCUGAUUAUAUCGCCGCCCACAUACAAAAUGGACUUGUUGUUGAUAUCAUACAACAACCGCAUGAUCAACAAGCGGCUAUACCAUCACAUAAUAUUUAUAAUAGCGUUGCGAUCGAACAGAAUGCAUCACCAUUGGAAAUGACGACAGAAAGACACUUUAUCGCGAAUAAUGAAAAUGUGCAAAUUCCAAUGGAAAAUAUCCAUCAUUCGAUGCAUCCGAGCCAUAGCUCAAUGUCGGCGGAGCAUUUGAACCAUCGAAAUCACUUUGAAUCCAAUUCGAAUAUUGAAGAAGGCCGAAAAGUUAUCAUCGAAGAACAUGGUCGACAGUAUAUUUUAACCAAUGAAGCUCCGGUCAUUGUUUCGAAUAAGGAAGCAACGGCGAUGGCUAUGAAUUUGGAUUUGAGUCAUUCUUUUCAAAAUGUGAACACAUUCAGCCAGAUGGAUCAGACUGUACUACAAGAUAUAACGAAAACCAAUACCGAUCGGAUGAAUAGCGAUUUAGAUGAGAAAAUCCAAGCAAAUGCCCUUCCACCAUUGCCGCCUUUAACGCCGAUAUCAAAGCUGCAAGCGAUGCGAAAAACAUCGAUCGAACAGCAUCAAGAGCAAGUGAUGCAGUAUAAAUCUGCCGCACACUCAAGUGCCUCAAUGAAUCUGCCUAAAAACAAUACAAUCUUGAAGAAUGUGUGCUUUGUAACGGACGACGACGACGUCGAUUUCGUUCAAUCAAAUAUGAAGCUAAUCAAUCGACAAUCAAUUAAAGAACAAUCUCAAUCAAUUGGCCCGAAAAAGAAUUUGCCGCACAAGAAGCGGAUAACAAAAAAGUUGAAGAGUAUCAGUCCAAGUGUGGAUCAAAUGCAGGCCGUAGAUUCAAUGUAUCAUAUGCACCAUGACAUGGCCAAUUUGCAGAGACAAUCACAUCAUGACCAAUCAUAUUCGGUUUCAAGCCAUCAACAAAAUGAAACGUUGAAUCUAACGCUAAAUCAGCAACCAAUUCAAUUGACAACGCCUCGAGUCAAUCAGGCUGUCAACCAAACGGACUACAUUCAAUCGGAUCAUUUUGCCAAUGCUGCCGAUGCAACGAGUUCAAUACAUUCAGUUCAGUUGCAACAGAUGCCAAUUUCCGAAGCUCAGCCAACGAUUCAAGCCGCACGAUAUUCGUGUGAAAUCUGUGGCAUGCACGUCCAAAGUCAGUUGGCGUUUUUCAAUCAUUUGAAAUUGCAUUAUGAACCUGAAACCGUGCCAAAUCAACAGAAUUGCGAUAAAAUGGAAACCAUUCGAAAUGCCACUGCUUUAGCUCUGGAACAAAAUGAUCAAAAUAUGUUCCAGAUGAAUGAUGAACGGAAAAUGAGUUCAAAUCAAUGUAUUUCGAGUCAACCAAUGGCUGCCCCAGUGAUUAUGAACGAUAAUUUCGUACGAUUGCAAAACAAUGAACAGGAUUUUAGCUGCAUCUCUGGCAUUGGCAACGAGGAUGUGACUGAUGACGAAUCGAUAAAUGGUGGAAUCAAAUCGGAACAAAAUGAAUUUAGCGAUACAGAAGAUAUGCUGGAAAAUGGUGUUUUGGAUAAAGUGCAGCGGGUCGUUGAUUCGUACAUUGAGAACGGGACAAGUGAUGUGAAAAAUUUAAUUGACAUGAAUGAAAAUCAACAUCAUUCAAGCCUAGUGGAUAACUCAUGCGGCUGGACUGCUUCAAAUAAUUCGCAUAAUCUAUCAAAUAAUACGGUGUACACGAUGGGUAAAACGGGAAAUAUGAACGAAGCGAGUAAUUUUGUUAUAACGUCGAAUAAUCAAGGGAAGGGAACGAUACAAACGACACCGAAUCAAAUUAUUAAUAAUCAGCCGGUGAUUGAACGGCCCGAAGAAUUGACACUGAUUUAUGAGAUCAAUGAGGAUUUUCCCACUAUGGACGAUACUUCAACCGAAAGCAUUCUUCGGCGACAGUUAGUUAGGCAAGAGAAUACAGUGAAUACAACAAAUCAAAAUCAAUUCGAUCAAAAUGAAGUGAAGCCUAGUGUUAUUUCAAUGGAACGUGACAUGUCUACCUUUAUGACAGAAUCGUCUGAAUCGACUGGAUCGACAGCAUCUAAAGUGAAUAUUCAAGAUGAAUUCAUCGAAGAAGAGCAAACGGACAGUGAUGUUGACCCAUCUAAACUGGAUGCACAAAAGAAGAAAAAGAAAAUCUAUCGUUGCAAACGUUGCAACAAAUUGUGUAAUUCGAAGAAUGCCCUUCAUUAUCAUUUCUUAUCGCAUACUGGCGAACGCCCACACCAGUGCAACGAGUGCGGAAAAAGUUUCUUUGCCAGCAGUGCAUUGAAGGUUCAUAAGCGUUUGCACAGCGGAGACAAGCCUUAUAAUUGUGAAUUUUGUAAUCGUCCAUUCCGGCAAUGGGGUGAUCUAAAGUAUCACAUUCAAUCGAAGCACACCAAAGAGAAGAGUCAUCAGUGCGAAUUCUGUGGAAAAGACUUUGCACGCCGUUAUUCGUUAGUGAUACAUCGGCGCAUUCACACGGGCGAAAAGAAUUACAAGUGCGAGUUUUGUGACAAAGAGUUUCGAGCGAGUUCGUAUUUGCAGGUGCAUCGAAAGAUUCACACAGGUGAAAAACCGUUUGUAUGUGAUGUUUGUGGAAAGCGAUUCCGAGUUCGAGGUGAUCUGAAGCGGCAUUCAAAUAUUCACGAACGAAAUAAGACGAUAGUGGCUAAGAUUGAAGAUCUGAGCUGUAUGAGCGGUGGUUCAUCAAGUGGCAAAAACGAAAUUUUUAUUAUGGAUGACAAUAAUCAAAGCAGAUCGGCUGAUACACUCGAUCAGCUAGUUAGUGUAAUUGAAUAUACUGACGCAACUUUGGCCACGGACAGUGGUGAAGAUGACAAAAAACGUGUUUUCAUGGAAAUUGAAUAUGACAAAGCCUUUACAAAGGCCAAACACAAACGGGAUUUGAAGACAACAAACACGGCAGAUGAUUGCUCGUCCGCUAUUCUCGACUACAGCACUGAUCAUUUGAUGGUGAAGAACUCAUUGAAUUUUGACAAUGUGAACGAAAAAUCCCGCAUUAGACAUCAUUAGACAGUUUCUUAAACUGUGAUAUUGCUCAAACAAUCUUUUUAGUAACAAAUUAAAUCAUUUAUUUAGCAUAGAAAUAUACGAUAUUUUGACACAUUAAAUCGAAAUAUAUAUGGAAAAAUGAA